AUGGCUCUUAAGAGAAUUCAAAAGGAAUUAUCAGACUUAGCCAAGGAUCCCCCUGCUAAUUGCUCUGCUGGUCCAGUUGACGAUAAAGACAAUUUUCAUUGGCAAGCUACUAUAAUGGGGCCAGAAGGGUCACCCUAUCAAGGAGGAGUCUUUUUCUUAAACAUCCAUUUUCCUACAGAUUACCCAUUUAAACCUCCAAAAAUAAACUUUGUUACUCGAAUUUAUCAUCCAAACAUUAAUUAAAAUGGUGCGAUUUGUCUAGACAUAUUAAAAGAUCAAUGGUCACCUGCACUCACUAUCAGCAAAGUGUUGCUCAGUAUUUCUUCCCUCUUAACUGAUCCAAAUCCAGACGACCCUCUUGUUCCAGAGAUUGCAAAUAUCUUCAAAUAAGACAAAAAUAAAUAUGAAUAGUUGGCAAGAGAGUAAACCAAAAAAUAUGCAUAAUGAUUAAAUGAAUGCAAUAUAUAAAUAUAUAUAUUAU